AUUCAUAGUGCUGCUACUUCCCAGCCUAGUGAUCCCUUGUUGGUAUAAUAUGAUCAAGCGGAUAGAGCGCAAUGUGCAGCUGAAUUCUCAUGCCACUAUCUCCGGAUUGCAAUCCGAGAUUGAAAAAAAUGCGAAGCUAUUGCUCCCUGUAAAUUCACUGGCCAAGAAUCUAGCACGGGAUCUGAAUUCAUCUCUUGGCAGAACCAAGGUUUCAACUGCUACGAUUAAUACGGCGGUGGCUCCUGUCCUGUUUCAAGCUCUAUCAGUAGUCCCAUACUUGUCACAGAUUUCAUAUAUUGGAUUUGAUGGUCUCUUCUUCGCAUAUUACACGAAAGGCAAUCAAACUCUGGCAGCAUACUCCAGGUCUUCAUCAAAAUAUGCCUGGUAUACUCAACCCGUCGAUGGCGACACAGGAAAGCUAUAUGGGAAGGCCAUUAAUUUCAAUCCUUCAACUAUACUAAAUUCAAGAUGGUUUAGAGAACCCCCGAAUGCUACAAAUGGGCAUAAUGCUUCAUUAGAAAUUGGAUUGAACAAUGCUCAAGGUCUCCUCUUCCUCAACACAGCUGGGAUGGCACGAAACGGAGCUAUCUCUGUGGGGUUUCCAGUUAAGGCGUUCACUGAUUUCUUACCUAGUAUUGAUUUCUACAAUGGGAGCUUGUACUUAGCUACAAAAGAUGGGAAAGUGCUAAAGGAAGGGAUCCCCAACACUAGCAUAGUCCCCUCUGGUAGUUUGGUUUCAUUACAAGUGACUGAACCAAAUGGGCAUCAGAUAGAUCAUGUUGGUAACAUUUCAUGUCAGCUCAAUCAUGGUGAAUUAAGACCUUCUUUCUUGAAAAUUCAAGGAACGAUGUAUAAGUUCUACUGUUCACCCCUUGAAAUCGCGGGAAUCCAGUCGGUGUAUGUUUUGGCAUUCCCAUGCAAUGGAUUAAUGAACCUUGUUCAAAAGGACAGCAAGUUGUCCCUCAUACUUCUCAUGUCAAUGAUUGCGACUAUGGUUAUCUCUAUUUUCGCUUUCGUGCUCUUGGUUGUUAGGGCAGCGAGAAGAGAAAUGUUUUUAUGUCAUGCACUCAUAAAACAAAUGGAAGCAACUCGACAAGCAGAAACAAAGAGCACAAAUAAGAGUCUGGCUUUUGCAAGUGCUAACCAUGAUGUAAGAGCUUCUCUAGCAGGCAUUACAGGGCUGAUAGACCUUUGUCAUGAUGAAGUUGGACCCAAUACCAAAAUAAAGACAAUAUUAGUACAGAUGGAAGCUUGUACAAAGGAUCUUUUAGGUAUAUUGAACACUAUUCUUGAUACAAGUAAGAUUGAAGCUGGCAAGAUGCAACUUGAAGAAGAAGAAUUCAACUUGGCACAGCUAGUUGAAGAUGUAGUUGAUUUGUAUCAUCCAGUUGGGAUUAAAAAAGGAAUAGAUGUGGUGUUGGACCCCUAUGAUGGCUCUAUCAACAAAUUUUCAUGCAUUAAAGGUGAUCGGGGAAAACUUAGGCAGAUCUUAUGUAACUUACUAAGCAAUGCCAUUAAAUUUACUUCUGAGGGACACGUGACUAUUCGAGCUUGGGCUAAAAGACCCAGUACUGAAAAUUCAGUGCUUGCUUCCAAGACAAAUGAUUCAUUCAACUGUUUUUCUUACUUGUUUUACAAGAAUAGUGAACAAUACAGUGAUCUGGACUCAAUCAAUGCAUUUCCAAAAACUUCACACUCUAUGGAGUUUGUGUUCGAGGUGGACGAUACAGGCAAAGGAAUUCCAAAAGAGAAGCAAAAGUCUGUCUUUGAAAAUUUUGUUCAAGUCAAAGAGACCGCUCUUGGACAAGAAGGCACUGGCUUAGGACUGGGCAUUGUACGGUCUCUGGUCCAGCUAAUGGGUGGAGAGAUAGGGAUUGUGGAUAAGGAAGUUGGCAAAAAAGGAACUUGUUUUAGAUUCAAUAUUUUCCUGACAACAUGUGAGGCUGUCUCUACUGAUGAUGUUAGAGAAGACAUCACAGAAUUGCAGGGUGAUUGCAUAGUUUGUGACUCAGAUGAACAGAGAGGGGUGAUUCUGUGCACUCCUAGCCCCAAGAAAGAGGGAUCCCUUGUUGUACUCUUGAUUCAAAGCAAGGAACGGCGAAGAAUUGCAAAGAAAUUUAUGGAAAGCCUAGGAAUAAAAGCAUUAGUGGUAAAGCAGUGGGAGAAUCUUGCUUGUACACUUAAGAAGAUCGAAAACAAGAUGGAUAUUUUGCAUUACAGCUCUUCAGGAAACUCAGAUUCCUGCUCUCCCAGGUCCAUAUCCAGCAACUCCACAUCAAAGGAUGUGCCUAUGAGUUCCAUGCAUGGAGCUGAUCAAAUACUACCUGUUCACAGAAGGAACAAUCCUAGAGGUUCAAACUCUGUACUACUUUUAAUUGAUGCAAAUGCUGGACCAUUUCCAGAACUACAGAGAGUUGUAGCUGAAUUUAGGAAAGACCUAUGCACUAGUUGUUGCAAGGUUGUUUGGUUAGAUAAACAAAAAACAGUAAACACUAGUCUUAAAGGCCUGGAAAAGGAUAAGUUAGCCCUGAGCGAUCAUAUUAUAUCAAAACCUUUUCAUGGAUCUCGCUUGUACCAGGCAGUGAAGCUUCUUCCAGAGUUUGAGAGAGUCCAAGGAGGUUUAGCCAAACCGAAGAGUGAAGAUAUAUGUCUUGUUGGGAAAGUUUCUGCAGAGCCCAAAUCAUCUGCUAACCAGAUGGAUGCCAGCAUGUCUGAACCAGGAAAUGAACCAGCUGUCAUUAAGCAAUUGAGACUGAUCGAAAAUAAACCAGGUAGUGCAAGCAAUGAGACACCAUUGAUAGGGAAGAGAAUUUUGGUUGUGGAGGAUAGUCCAGUGUUCCGCAGGGUAGUCAUGGUUCUUCUUAAUCGCCUCGGUGCACAUGUGGAACUCUGUGAAAACGGGGAAGAAGCUGUUGAACUAGUUUGCAAGGGCCUAAGUGAUCUACAGAAACAUGCAGCCACCAACAUCCUUCCCUACGAUUAUAUCUUGAUGGACUGCGAGAUGCCAAAAAUGGAUGGUUUUGAAGCAACGAGACAAAUAAGAAAGGAGGAGAAAUAUUAUGGCACUCACAUCCCAAUCAUCGCAUUAUCUGCUCAUGAUACAACGGGUGAGGAAGCAAACAAGAUGAUCCAGGCUGGAAUGGAUGUUCAUUUAGCCAAGCCCCUCAAAAGAGAACAGAUUUUGGAAACUAUACAACGCAUCCAUGGUAAAUGAAAGUAUGAAAAGCUUCUUUGCACCCUAUUAUCCCUUUUAUGUGAUGACAAUUGUUAAACCUUUUAAGUAGUCUAGUACAUCAAGAUCAUACAUUUAAGCAAAAUUUAUAAUUGAGGAACAUCUUUAAGCAUUCCAUGGUCUUGAUGGUACGCCUGCUGCGUUCUAGUGAUUCUAUUGAGUAGUACCUUGGUCUUAUGCUUGCUUUUCUUCUAGAAUCACCAAACAACCUUCAAAAACAGAAAAAAAGAAAUUACAAGCAAGAAAACCCCCUCAUUAGAAAACCAACUCCUAUCAGAAGAGAUACAGAAUAACACAGGGAAGGAGAUUAACUGAGGUGAAGAAGCAACAAUAUGUGUGCUCCAGCAGGCAAUUUAGUAGUAUCCUGGAUGAGAGAUAUGCUGCUCCAAUGCCCUUGGAGCCCCAGACGCUCUCAUUGCUAAACUUGGUUGAAGUGUACUUGCUAAGAAUAAAGAUCUCUGGGUGCAUAUUAUAUGGUGUAAGUAUCUUCAAAAUUGUAAUUUUUUAGACUAGUCUAAGGGUUGCGAUCCAUUGCUUGGAAAGGUAUUUUAAAUAAUAGAAAUAUUAUCUUUAUAGGUAUGAGAUGGAUUUUAUGCAGUAGUAAAGAUCCAAAUUAUGACUUCUAAUUAGGUUUUUAAAAACUUUUGUUUCCUUUGGUCUUUAAUUUUGCCGUGGCUUCUGAUUAUUGGAAUGCUAGAGGUUUUUUUUACUGAUUAAUAGAAGUUGGGGUUUUAACAAACUGUACUUGUUGCCAAUCAUACUUCUAACCCCAUAAUAUUGAUUCCUAUUCCUCUGGAGGAUGUUGCAGACACUUUUUGUUCAGGCAUUGCUGCUAUUGGCCAUUUGCCUGCUUUAAAUCUGCUGUGUGGAUACUGAACAGACUUUGUUUUCUGAUAUGGCCCUUAUAAUCUUUCUAAAUUAUCUAUGUGACAAUUGAUUGACAAGAAUUUACAUAUUAAGAAUAAAAUUUGUAAAUGUGAGAAAAGUAAUGUUGAUUCUGUCUUCUCUAAAAGUUGUCUUGAAAGUAUGGAUCAUUUGUUUUUGAAUCCACUCUUUACUAGAGUCAAUUUGGAUCAUAUCUGAGAGGUUUGUCCUGUGGAUUAUAUUAGUUCUAUUGAAUUUCACCAAAGAAAUUAUGAAAUUUUGUUAUAUUUUAGUUUUCUCACAUUCGGAGUAAACCAAAACAGUCUUCCUCUGGAGUACAUUUAAUCAAAGAAAUGUGUCUAUGUGUGUGCGCGCAUGUUUCUUGUUAUUAUUAUUUUUUUAUUUUUUUAUUUUUUUUAAAUUUCUGGAAAUGAGCCUGAUCUGUAUUGGAUUUUGCACUAUUAUUUCCAAGAUCCUCUAUGAUUUUAUCAAACAUCUUAUGCUUAAUGGUGAGAUGGAUUGGCUGCAAAACGGGAAGUGAUAACAAUGUUGUGAACUUAAAAUAAGAAAUAUAUGUGGGAUAUUAGCUGAGAUGCUCCUCUAAGACAAAAUUAAUUUUUAUGGUUCUGCGCACCGAACUUUAAUUUGGGUGCAAUUGUUUUUUGUUAUUCUUGACCAUGCAGGUAAAGUCAUUUGUGCAGCUGCAAGUAAGUAGACUGGUAUUUGAAAAGUUCUGAGUAGCUCAUCUUUCCAGCAAGAAAGAGGGGAUUGAACCAGACCCAACCAAAGGCAAUGCUACAUUGGUUAUUCCUUGAAGAGCAUCAUUACAAUCUAUUGUGGAAGCAUAGAACUUUUGUUGAUUUUGAGUAUUGAGAGAUACCCAUGUGUUACUUUUCAAUGCUCAGUCUCAGUUUAAAUCAUAUAUUUAGGAAAACUGAUGUAGCUAAUUAUGUCUAAUAUAGGAUAAUUUUGUUGAGAAUUAUAGAUUUUGAAAGUGUAAGCCUUUGCUCCAAUAUUGAAUGAUACAAGUCUGGUGCAUUUGCCUCA